GCUUGCUCUCUCACAGUGUGUGUGUGUGUGUGUGUGUUGUCAUUAUUAUCCACUCUGCUCCCAGCUCAGAAUGGCCAGAUUCACUCAGACUGAAACAAGAAGGCAGCACCAUCCACAGCAGCCCCAGCCCGCUCACUCCAGCCUGGUUUUCACCGGACCGGGGGCACCACCGACCCAACAACCACUACUACUUAUCCCACAUCAGCACCAGUACCCUCAGAUCACAUUUCCGAAACCCAUGAACGGGUCAGAACCCAUUUCAAUUCAUCCGGAGAGCGGCAACAUGAAAGACCAAGAUGCCAUUAAGCUGUUUAUCGGGCAGAUACCGCGGAACUUGGAAGAAAAAGACCUGAAACCCCUGUUUGAACAGUUUGGGAAAAUCCACGAACUGACAGUUCUCAAGGACCGAUACACCGGCAUGCACAAAGGCUGUGCAUUCCUCACCUACUGCGCCCGAGAGUCGGCCAUCAAAGCCCAGAACGCCCUCCAUGAACAGAAAACACUGCCAGGGAUGACUCGCCCCAUCCAGGUGAAACCGGCUGACAGCGAGAGUCGUGGAGAAGACAGGAAGUUGUUUGUCGGGAUGCUGAACAAACAACAGACAGAGGAGGAUGUUUACCGCCUCUUCGAACCAUACGGAGUCAUCGAAGAAUGCACGGUCCUAAGAGGUCCUGACGGAAACAGCAAAGGUUGCGCCUUUGUCAAGUUCUCCACACAUACUGAGGCUCAGUCUGCAAUCAGUGCCCUCCACGGUAGCCAGACCAUGCCAGGUGCUUCCUCCAGCUUGGUGGUCAAGUUUGCCGACACAGACAAGGAGCGCACCAUCAGACGUAUGCAGCAGAUGGUUGGGCAGUUUGGCAUCUUCAACCCAGCCAUCGCCCUUCCCUUCAGCACCUACAGCUCUUACGCACAUGCGCUCAUGCAGCAGCAGGCAGCCAUCAUGGCAGCAAGCCACGGAGGUUACCUCACGCCUAGUGUGGCUUUCCCCGCCACACAGAUCCACCAGAUGGGGGCGCUCAACAUCAACAGCCUCCCACCCACCCCCAUGACCCCGGUGUCGGGUGAGUUUCAUCAAGCCCUGGCAGGCCUCAGUUCUCCACCAGCCAACAUCACCACCUCCGCCGUGCCCAGCAUCGUAACGCCCAUCGUCAACGGAUUCACCGGCAUUCCUCAUCAGCCAAACGGACACCCCGCUGUGGAGACUGUGUACACCAACGGCCUGCCGCCAUACUCCACCCAGAGCCCCACCGCUGCUGACACCCUCCAGCAAGCCUUCACUGGAGUACAGCAAUACACAGCGAUCUACCCAGCCACCACGCUGACUCCCAUUGGCCAGACACUGCCCCAACCACCCCAGGUCAUCCAGCAGCAGCAGCAGAGAGAAGGUGAGGGUCCGGAGGGUUGUAACCUGUUCAUCUACCACCUGCCACAGGAGUUUGGAGACAAUGAACUCAUGCAGAUGUUUCUGCCCUUCGGCACCGUCAUCUCCUCUAAGGUCUUCAUGGACCGGGCAACCAACCAGAGCAAGUGCUUCGGUUUCGUGAGCUUCGACAACCCUGCUAGUGCACAGGCAGCUAUUCAAGCCAUGAAUGGCUUUCAGAUUGGGAUGAAGAGGUUGAAAGUCCAGUUAAAGAGACCGAAGGAUGCCAGCCGCCCUUACUGACACAGCCUACCUUCAGUAUUCUUUGCAGCAGCACAGGUUUUAGAGGACACGUGAAGAUAUCUCGGAGGAGUUUAACUUUUUUUCUUUGAAAGCAAAAUAUGUUUUAAAAAAAUCAACACAUAAGGAAAUUUUGAAGACAUAUCAGCAUUUACUUAUGAAGAUAUAGGUUCCGGCAGAAAAGGAAGAUGCGAAAGAGGAGGAGGCGCUUCACCGGGGGACUUAACAGUAACAGAUGGCACAGUGCAAGAAAGACGUGAAGAAGAAAAAAAAACUGAAAAAAGAUGUGAUGAGACUGAACAACAGAACUUUUUUCUUGUUGAGACUUGAAUUGUUAAUUAAGCAACAAACUAACAAACAAAAAAGCAGCAACAACAAAUAGAUUUCUAUAUACAUAUUAUAUACACAUAUAUAUAAGGAAAGAGGCGCUUGUGGCUUUUACUGUACUGGACAAAUGAGGGUUAAAACUUGAAGAUCAAGAAAAACAGUGGAAAAAAGAAGCUAUUCUAUUCGUCCACUGACAGACUUUCUUUCUCUUUCCCUCUU